ACCUCGCGGGGCCGCUUUUCCCGCUUCCGCCGGAGUCGUGGUAGGGUGCGGGUGACAGUUGAGCAUGGCCGGAGCGGAGGGCCCCGCCGGGCGUCCAUCGGAGCUGGAGCCCGUGGUAUCGUUGGUGGACGUACUGGAGGAGGACGAGGAGCUGGAGAACGAGGCGUGCGCUGUCCUGGGCGGCAGCGACUCGGAGAGAUGUUCCUACUCGCAGGGCUCAGUAAAGAGACAAGCUUUGUACGCCUGUAGUACCUGCACCCCAGAAGGAGAAGAACCAGCAGGAAUUUGUCUGGCUUGUAGUUAUGAAUGCCAUGGAAGUCACAAACUGUUUGAACUAUACACAAAAAGAAAUUUUCGUUGUGAUUGUGGAAACAGCAAAUUUAAAAAUCUGGAAUGCAAAUUAUUUCCUGACAAGGCAAAGGUAAAUUCUGGUAAUAAGUACAAUGACAACUUUUUUGGACUGUAUUGCACUUGCAAGAGACCUUAUCCAGAUCCUGAAGAUGAGGUUCCUGAUGAGAUGAUUCAAUGUAUAGUUUGUGAAGACUGGUUCCAUGGAAGGCAUCUUGGUGCUGCUCCCCCUGAGAGUGGAGAUUUCCAGGAGAUGGUGUGCCAGGGUUGUAUGAAACAGUGUUCUUUCUUGUGGGCCUAUGCAGCACACUUGGCAGUAAUGAAAAUAUCUCCUGAGGAUGAUGGGUUGGUGCUGAAUGUUGACGGAAUAGGUGAUCAGGAAGUUGUCAAGCAUGAUAAUGGUAGUUGUCAAGAUACUACCCUCAAAGAUGAUGUUCCCGAACAUGGAAAAGAUGCUGUCAAGGAAGUUAAAGCAGAGCAGAAUAAUGAGCCUCAUGCGAGCUCUAGUUUGGAAUCUGAUCUCCAGACUGUGUUUAAGAAUCAAAGCCUGAACACAGAAUCACCAUCUGGCUGCAGAUUUCAGGAGCUCAAAGCUAAGCAGUUUGUAAAGAAAGACACUGCCACCUAUUGGCCCCUGAACUGGCGCAGCAAGUUGUGCACCUGCCAAGGCUGUAUGAAAAUGUAUGGAGACCUGGAUGUCCUCUUCCUGACAGAUGAAUAUGACACCGUUUUGGCUUACGAAAACAAGGGCAAGAUUGCCCAGGCCACUGAGAGAAGGGACCCGUUAAUGGACACUCUGAAUAGCAUGAAUAGAGUCCAGCAGGUGGAGCUCAUUUCUGAAUAUAAUGACUUGAAGACUGAACUUAAAGACUAUCUGAAGAGAUUCGCUGAUGAAGGCACGGUUGUUAAGAGAGAGGACAUUCAGCAGUUCUUCGAAGAAUUUCAGUCAAAAAAGAGGAGAAGAGUGGAUGGGAUGCAGUAUUAUUGCAGCUAGGAUGGAAUACGAUGCUUUCACUCAGGCCAAUGAAGAAGCCGCUUACUGUUCCAGGAACACACGAGGCCUGUUGCAUACUCGGUCCCCUCCCCGUCGUCCGGCCGUGAGCUCCCUUCCUCCUCCUUAACUACAGUAGCCACCAGGUGACGCUUUUCCCAGUCAGCAUUCUUCUUCCUGACUCAGCUAAACGCAACUCAUUCCACACACUUCAGCUCUCCUGUCCAGGAUACCCAGGGUGUUCUGAUUUCUAAGUUUUAAGAAGUUUUAUUUGGUUUUGAGAAAGCAAAUUGGUUCCUUUUCUAGUUAUUUGUUUUUAGACUCCCAAAUGUGUGUACUUUGUCACAGAACUGUCCCUUCCCGAAGCUCUGUAGCCAUCUUUGCAGAAGCCAGAACCUCUAGGGUGCCUUGGAUUAACGCUUCCUCAGGCCCGCUCUGCUUGUCUCUCCCUCCUGGCUUAGAAGGGAUCUUGGAACCUGCCUUCUCCGGGCACGUCGUGAGGGA